AUGGACUUUGUAAAUGAGAAGUAUGCUGUCAUUCCCAAAUCGUUGAAGAGUGAUGAAGAAAUUCAAAAAAGUAUGGCACCAGAAUGUAAUUCAUUUGUGGAUAGGGCUAAAUUUUUAUUGAUGAAUGGAUAAAGUUUCCAGAAAUCGUUUGUGGCACAAAAUAUUCGAGAAUCUUUAUCAGAUCCCAAAGGAGCAUUAUUAUUAUUAGAAAUAAUUGCAAAUUAAUUACAUUCAUUGCAUGAUGAAUCUUUGCUAAAAGAAUACAUUAAAGCAGUGAGUGAAAUUUUCAAUAAAAUCCAAAUCCCCAAUCAAAUAAAAUAGUCUUAUAGUGACAUUUGCUUCAAUAUUUUUACAAAACAAUAUCAAUAAUAUGAGAUCAUCAAUUCUUGUGCUGAGAUCUUAAAAUAUUUAGAUGAUCUUGACAUUUAUAAAGAAGGAUUGUAUCUUGAGACUGAUAAUCAGAUGUACCAAAUAUUAAAGAUAAUCGAAAUUUAUUAUCAUAAAUUUACACCUGAAUUAAAAAAAUAGGCUCACCUUUAAAUUAAAUCCAGUAUGAAGCAUAAAGAUGAACGAGUUCGUAAGGUUAUUUCAGAAAUAUUACUCAGUAAUCAAUAAUUAUUAAAAUCUAUAUUACAUGAAUUUGAUUGGAUUGAUAAAUUUACAACAUUAAUAUACGAUUCAUCAAAAGAUGUUAGAAUGAGUUCAGCCAAAUUUUUUUUAGCUACUUAUGACCUGAAUGAAGAGAUUCAUAAAUCAAGAUUACAACUUUUAUUAGAAAAUAUUAUCAAAUAAUUAGAUUCUACAUAAUUUGAGUUCUGCCAAUCAAUUUCAUAAUAUAGUUUAAAUCAGGACACCUUAUAAUCUCUUUUCAUCGAAAAAAUAAGCGAUAUAAUUAGCAAUAAUAAUGAUAAUCAAUUUCUAUUUUUAGAAACAUUACAUUCCUAUUAUUCAAUAAUAAAAUAGUUCAAUGAGAAACACUCUAUUUAGAUAGAUGAUAUGUUAUUAAAUUCGAUAUAAAUUCUUUCAGAGGAGAUGCGAAAUUAUGACAUAUUAAAGUGUUUGUCAAGUUUAUAUUCCAGUUUAUCCUAGGAUAUGUAAUUUAAAGUAAUUUAAAAGCUAUUUAUUAAUUUUGAAUUGAAUUAGCUUAUAUUUAUUCCUUAUUUAUCUGAAAUCAUUGAAAAAGCAACAUUGAUAAAUAAGAAUAAAAUUUGGCUAUAGUAACUUUAAACAAUUUAUGAGUUGUUUAAAAGAAAUGUAUUUCAAUACGAAACAAAAGGGUUGUGGAAUGAAAUAUCAAAUAUGAUUGAUAUAAUGAUAAUAGUAUCCAGAAUUUUAUUUUUACAGAAGGAUUUUCUAUAAUAAUGUUUAAAAAUGAGUCAUAUGGGUUCAAAAUUUAUAAGAGAUAAGAUUAUGAAUUUAUUAAUAGAAAAGAUUAUUGAAUUAGACUCACUCGAAAGUAGAGAUUCAAUAAUACAAAAUUAUUUAGGGUUUAUUAAUCAUUCAAAUUACUAAUUAAGAUAAUUAUCAAUAGAAUUCAUUUUGAAAUUAUGUUAAUAAAGAUCGAGAAAGUUCUUUAUAUCUAACAAUUUGAUUAACAUAUUAUAGUUGCAAUAUGAUGCUGUUGGGUUAGUAAGAGCAAAAAUUCCGAAAUUACUUUUUCAAAUGAAGUUAUUAUUUUGGAAUGAUGAAAAAGAAAUUCUAAGCAGGAUUGCAUAAAUCUUCCAAAACCUGAUGAAUGAUAAGAAAUUAUCCAUUCAAUAAAUUUCCAAAGAAUUUUGGGCUGAAUUAUCGAAUGUGUAAUUUUUCAACGCGUAGAAAACAAUUGAACAAAACUAAAUAAUGGAUGAAAGGGAAUAAUAAGAAUAUGCAAAUUUAAAAGUCAUUAAAUAGCAGCUGCUGCUUAAUCCUAAAAAUAUAAAGAAUGAUGUUAGCAAAUCCAGAAAUCAAACACCCACAACAAGAUUGCCACCAUUAAAUAAAAGAUAGAAUAAUUUCUUGUAAAUUCCUAAAGGCGCUUAACCUAGAAAAAUUUCUGCUUAAAGAUCUAUUUUAUCAAAGUCUCCACAACCCUUUAAAUGA